AUACGAAACAAGCCCAUAGCCAACCGCAUCUCGACUUAGUUUGCUGUGGGUGUGACCCUUGCUACAAUGUAUUCUUGACAAAGAAAUCUGAGCUGCAUGUUAUGGUCGGCUCAAGCCGCCAUUUCAAAGCAUAUUAUCCCAGAGGGUGAAUAUUUUUAUUUUAUAUAGAUGUUUCUAACCUCAAAAGUAUUAUAGAGUAGGCACGUUUGCAAGGGUUUUAUCUCUUUUAAAACGCUGCCCCCUCUGCACCCCAAGGUAAGCCUUUCUCAUAUUCCCUUCGCUAUUUUCACUAGAUACAGUUGGAGAGCAGUUUUUUGUCAACCACAAAGAUGACAAUUGAAUCAUUUAGGAACCCGCAUGUGACAGGUCUGCACAGACACUGAGCCAUGCGUCUAAACAGUAUGCUCACUGUAUAAUCCUUGAAAUACUAGCGACUGAAAUAACAAUACAUUCCAUUCCGGAUUAUUUUUAACGCGCAACAAAGGAGCUUUUUACGCUUUUAUAAAAUACAUAUUUCUGUUGGAAUGUCUUAACAGUGAAAUACUUCAGACACUUCAAAUCACGCCGGUUCUUACGGUAGGCUUAUUCAAACAGCCAAGUGUUUGGCUGAUUCGUAGUAGCAACAGCAUGAACAGCUAUAGAAUAACAAUUAUGAUUUUUUUUUUUUUCAUAGUCCCUCUAGACCAUGCCAGUGUUACCUGUAACAUUUUAGUAAUUUUAAUGGAUCUCGACGUGUGCAUUGCUGAUGGAAGACUUGAGAAGGUAUACACUUGAACUGAUGUCUCGCGCUACAUGCCUAGUCAUUAUAGAGAUGACAGUUAAUUAUUGUUCAAUGUUUCCAUUGUUUUCAUUUUUUUUUUAACACCAAAGUAGCCUACAGGUUUUUCUCUGAUCCGAAGUUGUUAGGACUAAAUUAAUGACUUUUAACGUAUCCGUAAAACAAAUAAGAGUUCAAAUCAGCAGAUGGGUUGUUACUCCAUAAUAACAACAUUAAUGCACGGCCUGUAUCCCCGGAACAUAUAACAAGUGUUCGUUCAUACUGUUAGAAUCAAUAACAGGCUACCCACUGUCCUUGCACAUGCUAUAGGGAAGCAAGAAUACCGGGGGCAAUUUGAUAUUUAGGCUAAGUACACUUGACAUCUCGUGUUGAGAGUUUCUCAGCUGUGCGCCACAAAUUGUCUGCGAAGGGGUGGCAAGUAGCAAGCCAGGGAUACAUUUACCCCGACGUCAUUCGGUAUGUUAGUCGGCUUUAAAAUAAGCUCCUUUGUGAAUUUGCUAAACCUGGAUGUCAUGGAUCUCGCAGUCAGCCUACAACUGCUAUAUCCAUCAAGCUAGUAGAGACAUUCCGAGGCGACACCAUACUAUAGCUGAUGGACGCUGAAACAGAGCAAGUCGAGGAGCAAACAGACAUCCCAGCAGCCCCCGCAGAGGAAACGCCACCUGAGACCAAAAACAGGCCAGGCAAACACCUAGACCGUGGGGUGAAAGGUCGUGGACGUGGCUGCCGGAUGGGCCGAGGGUGGCGCGGAGGUCGUGGCAUGAUGAAGGCGUUCGGACCCCCAGGGCGGGGCAGGGGUAGAGGGCACGAUGGGUUAAUGAAUGGGUUUGGGCCCAUGAGGUACACUACAGAGCACUUCCUCCUUUUUUUAUUAUAUGUGGUAUUCUUGCUUUCUUGUUUUGUACAGCACAGUGACAACCACAGCUUCUCACUUCUCUCACUGUUUUCACACGCUUUCGUCUGUCCCAAGAAGGGGCAUGGGAGGGAUGCGGCCGUACCCAGACCUCCGAGGCAGAGGCGGUGUGAGGGGAGGCCCAAGAGGCAUGGGUCCCCCACCUCCUCCUCCCCCACCCCUGCACCUGAGACCUUACCCUCCUAUGCACAGGCGUGGCCCCCCUCCACUCCCGCUUGGACCCCCUGGUUUCCGUGGUUGCCCGCCUCCUCCUCGAGGCCACAGCAGUCCCCCAGGCCACCAUCGUCACUUUCACCCCAGAGGGGGCACAGUCACCCUUUCCGAGGUGGUGUGAAGCGGAAGCAGGCCUUCCUCUCUCUCCCUCCUCCUUCUCUCCCGCGUCCCCAUCCCAGGGAUGUGCACUGUGGUGACUCACCCACUAACACAGGCCAGGUGAGAGAUAAACCUUUGCUCUUCAACCAGCUUAACACCCAGAACCCAUCAACUUUUUCUUCCAGGGGAUGAACACAGAGUCAGUGUUUCUGCAUAGCCAAACAAGUGAACUGUAAAUGAAAGGUAAACCAAACGCAACCUCUAGUCUCCUUACACAGGUAGUCUCCACAGCUAUUUCUAUUCCAGUCCCACAACCCAUAAUAAACAGUGAUGGUAGUCAUGCCUUCUACAUCUGAGUACAUAAGAGACUGCAAUAAGGGAAGAGGAUCGGUUAUUGCAUUCUCUCUGCUGCCUUUCGUGUGUCUGUGUGAGAUCUCCUCAUGAGUCACCCAACAUGACUCACUCGUAGCAGUGAAUAGUCUAUGCAUGAGUUGGUGUGAUCAGGCCAGAGGGCUCAGGCAGGAAGGCUCUCUGACAGAAAAGCUCAAAUUAGUAGUCAGCAGAGACCAGAAAACGGCACAAGGACAGUAAAGUUUUAACUAAAUAUUCUGUGAACGUUGUAUGUAUGGAGACCGACUACUCAGGUUUGUACAUGGUGAUUUUCUUGAACAUGUUUGCACAUUUGCACUGCUUUGUAUUUUGUUUUCACUCAUUAAAAUGUUUUUAAAACA